AUGUUUACCUGUUGUGGUGAACGUCUAUCUGCUGGCUUUGGUGUAACAUCUAGAUCUAUCACAACAUCUAUGCUAUUUUCAUUGGAUAUUGUUCGUUGGAGUAAUUUUCGUUCCGACAGUAUAUUUGAUGAAAUAGCUGUUGGUAAAGAUAUCGCUGUUGUAUGUUCAGAUGAUUGGUUUGCAUUUUCAGAACUUAUUAAAACAGAAGGGUUACAUGACUUUUGGCUUAGACCCAAAUUCCUCUCAUUAAUCUCCCUAAAAACCCAAAAUCCUAUGAAAAGUUAGUACAACCCGUAGUGCUUAGCGGCAUGCAUCUUCAUUGAGAUGUAGUACCCAGAAGAAUGACGUAGUGCUAAGCAGAACAUUUACUAUAGUGCCAUCUAAAUUUAUAACGCUUAACAUUGCGUCAUCUUGCUGAACAGAACCCUAGAACUGGUUUGCUCUGAAUGCAUGCUACUGGUAAGCACUUUGAAUGAAAAUGAAUACUGUUGAAUACUAUGUUGUCCUUCUAACGAGGGAACGUUUUCAACUGCCAGAUCACUUUUGGGUUCGGACUCUGUACAUAAGGUAGAUCCUAGUGAGGUGUGAAAAUCCCCAAAAGAAUAAGUGCCCAUAGGUCUUCUGUCCAGAGUUAUAGGUAUUUAACUGGAAUUUUAGCCUCUACCAUGGUGCAUACCAACAAAUUGAACGAUGGUAUUUCGAUCUGAGAUUUUGUCCGCAGAUAGGUCU